AUGUGGGGUGGCGAUCGCCUGGCGGGUGCGGAGGGUGGUGGGGUAGCGGUGACUGUGGUCUUCACCAACGUUCGAGACUGCUUCCUCCACUUGCCGCGGCGUCUCGUGGCCCAGCUUCACUUGCUGCAGAAUCAAGCUAUAGAAGUGGCCUGGGGUCAUCAGCCUGCAUUCUUGAGCUGGGUAGAAGGCAGGCAUUUUAGUGAUCAAGGUGACAGUGUGGCUGAAAUUAACAGACAACUUGGUCAGAAACUUGGACUCUCAAAUGGGGACCAGGUGUUUCUCAAGCUGUGCUCCCAUGUGGUGUCUUGUCAACAAGUGGAGGUGGAACCCCUAUCAGCAGAUGAUUGGGAGAUACUGGAACUACAUGCUGCUUCCCUUGAACAGCAUCUGCUAGAUCAGAUUCGAAUAGUUUUUCCGAAAGCCAUUUUUCCUGUUUGGGUUGAUCAACAAACUUACAUAUUCAUCCAAAUUGUUGCACUGAUUCCAGCUGCUGCUUAUGGAAGGCUGGAAGCUGACACCACACUCCUUAUUCAGCCAAAGACCCGCCAGGCCAAAGAGAAGACAGUUUCAAAAGCAGAUAAUGCACAUGGGAAAUUUCACAAUAGGUCUAAUAAAACAGAAGUUACAGUUGACUCACCAUCCGUGCCAAGCUUAUGGACUUUGAUAGGAAGCAUUUUUUCUUUUGGGUCUGAGAAGAAACAAGAGCUAUCUUGGGGUUUAACUGAAAUGAAUGCAUUCAAAAAUAUGCAGUCCAAAGUCGUUCCUCUAGACAAUAUUUUUAGAGUGUGCAAAUCGCAGCCUCCCAGCAUGUGUAAUGCAACAACAACUUCUGAGUUUCGCAAACACUAUGCUGUUCAUGUAUUUCCAUGGGACCAGGAAUAUUUUGAUGUGGAGCCCAGCUUUACUGUGACCUAUGGAAAGCUAAUUAAGCUACUUUCUCCAAAGCAACAGCAAAGUAAAACAAAACAAAAUGUCCUGUCACCUGAAAAAGGGAAGCAGAUAUCAGAACCACUAGAUCAAAAACAAAUCAGCUCAGAACAUAGUCAAGAAGCUGCUAAGUCCUGUGUGCUAAAGGUUGUCUGGAAUGGACUUGAGGAAUUGAAGAAUGCCAUAAAGUACACCAAAGACAUAGAAGCGCUUCAUCUUGGGAAAGUCUGGAUUCCAGAUGACCUGAGAAAGAGACUAAAUAUAGAAAUGCAUGCAGUAGUCAGAAUAACUCCAGUGGAAAUUACCCCUAAAAUUCCAAGAUCUCUAAAAUUACAACCUAGAGAAAACUUACCUAAAGAUGUAAGUGAAGAAGAUGUAAAAAGUGUGUUCUCUUCAUGGCUACAGCAAUGUACCACUACCACACUUCCUUUGAUAAUAUCAGAGGAAGAAUAUAUUAAGCUGAGAAUUAAAGAUGAGUUGGAGGAGUUUUCUCUAAAUAUAGUUCAUUCUUGGGAAAAAGAAAAAGAAAACAUUUUUUUAUUGAGUCCCAAUCUGCUGCAGAAGAUCACAAUACAAGUCCUUCUAGAUCCUAUGGUAAAAGAAGAAAACAGUGAGGAAAUUGACUUUAUUCUUCCUUUUUUAAAGCUGAACUGCUUGGGAGGAGUGAAUUCUUUAGGUGUGUCUUCCAUGGAACACAUCACUCACAGCCUCCUGGGGCGCCCUUUGUCUCGGCAGCUGAUGUCCCUUGUAGCGGGACUUAGGAAUGGAGCCCUUUUAUUCACAGGAGGAAAGACACAAGUUCCCAAAACUUGCACAAGAAGUGUACAAUAUAAAAAGGCCUAUAAGGAAGAUAUUAUACCAGUUUUCUACAAUCUCUUUCAGAGGAUAGAAGCAGAAGGAAUGCUUCCUAAGUCAUCCUUAACAAAUAAUGAAGCAUUGACUGUUUUUAAAGGAAAAAGGCUUGAACACAUACAAAAAACCCUGGAGCUGGCUUUCUCAGAGGCGACAUGGAGGCAGCCUUCUGUGGUUCUGCUGGAUGACCUUGACCUCAUUGUUGGCCUGCCUGCUCUCCCAGAACAUGAGCAUAGCCCUGAGGCUGCGCAGAGCCAGAGGCUUGCACAUGCUUUGAAUGAUGCAAUGAAAGAGUUUAUUUCCAUGGGAAGUUUGGUAGCAUUGGUUGCCACAAGCCAGUCUCAACAUUCACUGCAACCUCUGCUCGUCUCGGCUCAAGGAAUUCACAUAUUUCAGUGUGUCCAACAUAUUCAGCCACCUGAUCAGGAGCAAAGAUGUGAAAUGCUACGUAAUGUAAUAAAAAAUAAACUGGGCUCUGAUGUAAACAAGUUCACUAAUCUUGACCUGCAUUGGAUAGCUAAACGAACUGAAGGGUUUGUGGCUAGAGAUUUUACACUGCUUGUGGAUCGAGCCAUACAUUUUCAUCUCUCUCACCAGAGCAUAUCCACCAGAGAAGAAUUAGUUUUAACAACAUUGGACUUCCAAAAGGCUCUCCAAGGAUUUCUUCCUGCAUCUCUGCGAAAUGUCAACUUGCAUAAACCUAGGGACCUGGGCUGGGAUAAAAUUGGUGGAUUACAUGAAGUUCGGCAGAUACUCAUGGAUACUAUCCAGUUACCAGCCAAGUACCCAGAACUAUUUGCAAACUUGCCCAUACGACAAAGAACGGGAGUACUGCUGUAUGGUCCUCCUGGGACAGGAAAAACCUUACUAGCUGGAGUAGUUGCACGAGAGAGUGGAAUGAAUUUUAUUAGUAUCAAGGGGCCAGAGUUACUGAGCAAAUACAUUGGAGCAAGUGAACAAGCUGUUCGGGAUAUUUUUAUUAGAGCACAGGCAGCCAAGCCCUGCAUUCUUUUCUUUGAUGAAUUUGAAUCCAUUGCCCCUCGACGAGGCCAUGAUAAUACAGGAGUUACAGAUCGUGUGGUUAACCAGCUGCUGACUCAGUUGGAUGGGGUAGAAGGCUUACAGGGUGUUUAUGUAUUGGCUGCUACUAGUCGCCCUGACUUGAUUGACCCUGCCCUGCUUAGGCCUGGCCGACUCGAUAAAUGUGUAUACUGUCCUCCUCCUGAUCAGGUGUCACGUCUUGAAAUUUUAAAUGUUCUCAGUGACUCUCUACCUCUGGCAGAUGAUGUGGACCUUCAGCACGUGGCAUCAGUAACCGACUCCUUCACGGGAGCUGACCUGAAAGCUUUACUGUACAAUGCCCAGUUAGAGGCCUUACAGGGAAGGCUGCUGUUCUGUGGGCUCCAAGAUGGAAGUUCCAGCUCUGAUAGUGACCUAAGUCUGUCUUCAAUGGUUUUUCUCAACCACAGCAGCGGCUCCGAUGAUUCAGCUGGAGAUGGAGAGUGUGGCUUGGAGCAGUCCCUGGUUUCUCUAGAGUUGUCUGAGAUGCUUCCAGAUGAAUCAAAAUUCAAUAUGUACCGGCUCUACUUUGGAAGCUCCUACGAAUCAGAACUCGGGAACGGAACAUCUUCUGAUCUGAGCUCACAGUGCCUGUCUGCACCAAGCUCCAUGACACAGGACUUUUCUGGAGUCCCUGGGAAAGACCAGUCGUUUUCACGACCUCCAGUGUUCAGAACAUCCUCACAAGAGGGUUCCCAAGAACUUACACAGGAACAAAGAGAUCAGCUACGGGCAGAUAUCAGUGUCAUCAAAGGCAGAUACCGGAGCCAAAGUGGAGAGGAUGACUCCCUUAACCAACCAGGACCAGUCAAAACCAGUGUGGCUAUUAGCCAGUCGCAUUUAAUGGCCGCCCUCAGUCACACAAGGCCAUCCAUUAGCGAAGACGACUGGAAGAAUUUUGCUGAACUGUAUGAAAGCUUCCAAAAUCCAAAGAAAAGAAAGAAUCAAAGUGGAACAAUGUUUCGACCUGGACAGAAAGUAACUCUAGCAUAA